AUGAAGCUCUCCAUCCUCACCACGACCGUUCUACCCAUCCUCGCCGCAGCGCUAUGCAACCACACCGCAUCUGAUGGAGUCGGCCUCGCGCCAGUCAACGGCUCUUGCGGCAACUCCACCAUUCACAUUGGGGAGACUGGUAUUUGCGGUGGAUACGGAGCUGUAUGCACAACUAAUAGCGACUGCACGAACGCCAACUGGUGCUGCAGCAAUGAAUGCGUAGGCACUUGCAGUGUCUAUGGUGUUCAGCAUCCCGGCAACGGAACCACUUCGCCUGUGGGACAAUACAACGGUACAUUCAACCCGGUCCAGGUCUAUACCGGUGAUGCAUCAAGUAUGGGCAUGAACAUGGGCCUUGCAAUUGGCUUUGCUGCCUUGUUCGUUGAGAUGAUCUGA